UGAAAAUCAGCCCAUGAGCACAAGUCAGAAAAGGGAAAAUGUGCUUUCAUCAGAAGCAGUAAAGUGUGAGGACAAAAGAAACCAUCUUGAGAAGCUCAUCUCUCUUUCAACAGUGGAAGAUCCCAAAAAGCCAAAUGACCUUUGCAGUUCUACUUCAGAUAGCAAAGCAGGAGAAAGUGACAGACAACCAAAAGAAGGCUUUUUUCACUUUCUUGGUAACUUGUUCAGUAUCUCGGGAAAAUCGUCUCUUGGUGAAGUCAAGCAGUCUUCUUUCAGAGAUGACCAUGAUAAAACUGAACAAGAUUCACAGACACAUUGUGACAGUCAUGUGGAAGAUAACAAAAAAGAGAAGGAGAUUUUCAGUGGCUCACUAGGAAUCCAGGUACUUCCAAUGGAAGAACAAGAGGCCAACUCAGAUGCAUUCUCAGAUACCUUUACUUUGGAUAUAACACAAGACAGUGAGCAGGAAACCACCGAUUUGCUGAAACAAAUUGAUGAUAAACCAGAGAGGCCUUCAGUAACGUAUGCAACAUAUCAAGGGCGCAGACAAAUUAGGAAAUAUUUAAAGAAACAAAUCAUGUUGGAAGCUGUAAAUCCCUUAGACAGAGAAAAUGAAAGUUCUGACACUAGUGCAAACGCAUGUAUUGGCCCUGGAAGUGAAAUGGAGGCCGGGAUAAUGCUGUUGUCAUCGGCUAGUACAGACGUAUCCAUGAAAGCCUGUUUGCUUGGAGACCCUUUAGAAGACUCUAGUUAUAGCAAAAUAAACCCCAACACAGAAAGCCAUCUGACCUAUAACUCAGAACUGCAGAAUGUUGCAUUUAAGGAUGUUUUAAAUAAAAGUGAUCCUGAGGGACCUGAGAGAAGUCAGUCAUCCUCGUCUGUGACUAACUCCAGCUGUGCUGUUGGAGAAUCUGCCGAACAGCACCAGUGCACAUUCAGUUGCAUACCAGCUCCUCAGACUGAUAAAAAUUUGGUGUGUUCAACAUCACUUGUAGAAACUAAGCACAGCAGAGUUCAGUGCAAUCCAGAAUUUCAAAGGAAAACUAAAACAGAAAAUAUUGCAAGAGAAAACUGCUCUAUGAUGAAUGAUGGGACAUUAGUGCAAAGAGAAGAGCACAUUCAGCCUCUGAGACCUGCUGUUCCUGAUUUCUCUUGUAGUAAAAGUGACACUACCAGACUGGAAACUACAAAUUUGUCAAGUCCAAAUAAAUCAAUUAAGCAUGAAGAGCUGCAGUUUCCAGAGAUUAAGUGUUCUAACAAGCAAACUAUAGAUAAUUCAUCACUUCAGGCUAUCAAUGAGGUCAGCACUGUUGCUGUCCAGGAGCAUGCUGUGACAGACACAGAACUUGUAAACAAAGGAACAAGGUUGUCUGCCCAAAACUCACAUAAAAAUUUUGCCAUUACAGAAAUUGAGCAAAAAACAGAAAGUGCCUCAGCUGGUGAAUCCACAACUCCAGGUCAUAUAAAAACUCUAGAAGAAGACAGACUUGAGUCAUUAUCCAAAGAUAGUGACCAAUUGAUUGAAACAGAAGCUAAAAAGCUUGAUGUAGGGCCACUUGAUAAAUCUCAUACUGUAAGAAUAAAUCAAAAUGAUCGAACCUCUGUAAAAUUCAAGAGUGAAUCAUCAGUGUUAGAAUAUAAAAUAGCACCUGGACUAAAUUUUGAAUUUAAUGAAAAUCACAGUUCUAAAUCUCCUCUUUACUCUGAGAAAGUUCAACAAGCUGAAGUGUCACCUGGUGAUAAAACAUCUCUUAGUCUUGACUGCAAAAAAUCAAAUUUUCAUACCUUACCUUCUGCCUUUGCUUCUGGAAUUAACAUGCUGGGUAACCUGGAUUUCUCUGUUUUAAAGAAUGAAGGGUCUUCUGUGCCUAUUGAAAAUGAAGAUGCCAACAUUGUUAGUUCCCAUCAGCUUAAUAAGUGUCCAGAAGAAAAGGUGGCAAAUAAUGUUGAAGCUUCAGACAGAAAGAGUCCUCCUCCUCCCUUUCACCUCAAACAUACAUCUAAAAUUCUUGAACCCAAGGAAGUUCCAGAGAUUAAGUGUUCUAACAAGCAAACUAUAGAUAACUCAUCACCUCAGGCUGUCAGUGAGGCCAGCACUGUUGCUGUCCAGGAGCAUGCUGUGACAGACACAGAACUUGUAAAAACUUAUAGUAAAAACUGUAAGUUUCCUCCAGGCCCUGAAACCUGUGGCAGUCACUCAACUGUGAUGGACCCAUUGAACUUUGAGACUCAAAACCUCUCGAAAGUUCAUGGCUGCAUUUCAUUUAAAGACUCUAACAAAGCACAGUUAAUGCCUUCAAACACUAAAAUAACUGAUAACAUGAUAGAGAAGUCUGGUUCUUUUUCUUUGAAAACCAAAACUGAUAACAUCGUUAAAAUUUUGCCAAAAACUGAGCUUGAUGGUCAGAACAGAGCUCCUCUUGUUUCACAUUAUGGACAAGGAAAAUCUCUAUCUUUUUUAGAAGUAUCUGUUUCCCAGCUGGAGCUGAAAGACAUUUCUCAGGGUGAAAUUUCUUUUUCUGUAUCAGAAUUUACAGAUAAGUCAGAAAAACCUGUUUUCUUAGAAUUAACUUCUUCAGAGUUUAAACAGGACAAAAAUUCUCAGCUGAUGGAGCAUGAUGAGAAACAUUCAGAUGCUGAUUUUGAAGAGAAUUGUCAGGCUGACGUUUCUUUUGCUUCUAAAGAUCAAAAAAUACAAGAAAGAGAGGGAGCUGCUUUAGGUGAUCCUACUCUUCUUGAAAGUAAUGUAGCUGGGAUUCUACCUCCUGCUCAAAAGCAGCAAGUUACUAGGAAUAUGGCACAAAUUUGUGAUGCUAAUCCUUGUAUGACUCAUCACUCUUUGGAUAUUUGUGGGACACAAAUGUGUUCUAAUCUCUCAGAAAUGGCAGAACUUGGCUUAACUAAAAUUUCUUCAGAGUUCCAAAGUACACAAAUAAAUUCACCUAUUCUGGGUUCUGAGAUCAAUUUAAAAAGUACGGUGUUUACAUUUCAGGAUCCUGGCUUGCUUAAUGUGUCUUCUAAACUGGGAGCAGAAAGAAAAGCCUUAUCUUAUAGGAAGAGUGAAGACACUCAUUUUCUGAGUAGUAGGACUGAUAGUGCAUCUUCUCCCUCCCAUCACUCUGAAGAAAUUAACAUGGCUGUAAAUUCACAUAAUACUUCAGAACAAUUUGACUCUGUGCAAGUUACCAUAGAUCUCAUAUGUGAAGGUGCCUCUGUAACUAAGUCACUGAACCCCAGUAGCUCCUAUUUGGACCUAGAGACAUCUAUCCCAAUUGUGGCAGAAGUGACUCCAUUUCAGGAAAAUGUUGGGAUUCAUACUGGUAGAGUCUUUCCUGAUUUUCCAAACACUGCUCAGUUUGACAAACCCCUGAAAGCACAGAUGGAAGCAGUUGCUGGAGCCUUAGUGUCAGUUAACAGCUCAAAUCAGCAGUGUUCUGAAUCAUCUGCUGAGCGCACAGAAGCAAGGAGAAGAGUAGGUGACCAACUUUUGGACCUGAAAAGUGGUUUACUCAAAAAGGCUGAUACAUUUAUUGAGGAGGUUUUUCAUUCUGUCAGGAAAGAACUAAAGUCCAAAAAAACAAUUGGUACUUGUGAGAAGCAUUUAGCCAUAGAUGGUAUAAUGAAUCCAAGUACCUUCCAAAAAGACAUCCCUGAGAAAAAUCCAUCAGAAGUGGCAUUAACAGGAAUCCAACCGAAACACUGUUUGAAAGAUCAGGGAAUGGAAAACAUGUCAGAAGUUGAAGAAGAGAAGGCCUGUAUUUCACCGACUGUUGGUGAGACAAGUCUGCUUUUUUAUUCUGAUAGAAUGAAUGUGUCUCAUUUGUUAGAAGAUCAAGCUAGAGAGUUAGUCAAUAAGGUUAUUUGUUCAGCCCAAGAAACUCUGAGAUUUGAUGCCGUUAAAGAUAUUGACAGUACCUCAUAUUCUGAACUUCAGGCUAACCCUUCAAAACUUCUGAAAAGUGGCAGUGUUAAACCACAUGGUAUAGUUAGGGAGUUCUUGGUAUCAGGAAAGGCAAUAAAUCAAAGCACAUGUGAAAUUAGUGAAAAUAAAAUAUUGAAUAGAUUCUUAUCCAUAAGUAACUUAGUUAGUAGCACAGAGUCAGCUAAAGGAAGAGAAAUUGUUCUCUACCAAAACUCCCCAAUUUCUGGAAAAGGAGCCGGACAGUCUGAUAGCAUAAAUUUGCAGAAAUCAGAUGCUAUUUUACUACCUAAAGACAUACCCAAUAAAGAGUUAGAUGAUAGGGUAAAAACACAUUUAUUUAUGAAAAAGAACUAUGGGGUGACAACAGGAAUAGAGGAUGUGGAUAAUCAAAAAACUGGGACAGAUGAUGUGGGAAAUGUUGUGUUAAAUUUCAGAUGGCCUUCAUUUGUCAAUGAUGACAUCCAUGUACCUGGUACUUCCAAAAGCAGUUUUUCUGAUAGUCUUGUAUGUAUAUCUGAAAAAAACUUGCCAGGACAUAGUAAAAGCAUACCUCUUGUAUUGUCAGAAAUAGGGAAAGUACACAAAAAGGAUAAUGAAGUAAGUGUAGGAAAAAUUGACCAUAUACCUUCUAUGUUAGAAAUGGGAAAAACAAAUAGAAAGGAUGCUGAAUUGAACAUUGUCAAGUAUGAGGUAGUCCCUCCUGUGUUAGAUAUAGGAAAAGCAUGUAAAAAGAAAGCUGAAUCAAAUAUUACAAAAGUUGAGUCAGAAGUUCACGUUUUGAAAGUGGAAGAAGCAUAUCAAAUGGAUGCUGAACAGUAUAUAGAAAAAUUGGAGGGAUUACCUGUCACUUCAGAAAAGGUAAAAGCUUACCAGAUGAAGGAUACCAAAGGAGAUAUUGUGAAGCCUGAAGGGAUACCUGUGACAAUAGAAAUGGAAAACAGUUACCAAAAGCAUGCUGAAGGAGAUGUUAGCAAGACUGUAGUAACAUCUGUUACAUCAGAAGUAGAAAAUAUCCACCAAAAAGAUGCUGAGGAGAUUACUGAAAAGGCUGACGAGAAAACUGUUAUAUCAGAAAUGGAAGAGAUUUAUCAAAAGGAUGACGAAGUGGGUAUUGCAGAGACAGAAGUGACAGCUAUUGGAUUAGAAAUGGAAAAUAUUUACCCAAAUAAUGUUGAAAGAGACAGUGAAAAAUCUAAAGUGAUGCCUACUACUUUGGGUGUAAUAAGUAUUAACCAGGAGGAUGCUGAGGGGGUUACCAGAAAGAGUGUAAGCCCAGUAUUGGAAAUGGGAAAUACUUACCAAGAAGAUGCUGAAGAGAUUAGGAAUACUGCAGUGGUACCUUUUGUAUUAGAUGUGGGAGAAACACACAAAAGGGUAGCAUCUUUCUCUUUAGAGUUGGACAAAACUUGCAGGAGAGAUGCUGAAGAGACUAAUGGAACAUUUCAGUCUAUGGCUCCUAAGGUAGAAAUAGAAAUGACAUCAUCCCCAAAGGAUUCUGAUGAAAAUAAUAGGAAACAUGAAAUAUUACCCACAGUGGUAGAUACUGAGAAAACAGAUGGACCAGAACUGGACUUAACCAUUACACAAGUGGAGGCCAUGCCUCUUGUAUUUGAAACUGAAAAGGUACCUCAAGAUUAUGUUGAAGGGAGUGUUGGAGAAACAGAGAAAGAGCUCACUGAAAUAAAGGAAGGUUUGAUAUUACAUACUGAUAGGCUUGCAUCACACUUCAGGGGCUAUGAAUCACCUACAUUAAGUAAGGAUUAUGAGGGCUACCCUGCCUUAGCAAUGCCAGAUUUUCAGCCAGAAGAUACAACAGUAAGGCUCAACAAAAUAAUGUCUGUUUCUCUAGUAUAUGACAAAAGGAAAGAGCAAGAUUAUAGUGAUGAAAAGGAAGAAUCUAAUUUAGCCUUUGUUUCUCAGGAAGAACAAGAAAAUUCUUCCUUUACUAUAUUAUAUGAGGAGCCCCUUCAAGGUGAGGAGAAGUAUGCUUCUGCAGAAGUAAGAGGAACACAGUCUGUUUUGUUUCCUGAUAUUUAUUCUGAUGGCUUGCCUGUUCUAGCAUGUGAAAGGUCUGAGAGCAGAACUGACCUUGUCCAUCAUUUUGAAAAAGAUGUUAAAUUAAGUGAGCCAUUUGAUAGUGAUAGUUCAGAAAUGUUCUUGUCGGUGGAGGCUAAAAGGUACAAAAUUUAUCCCUUGGUCUUGAGUCCCAUUUAUGAGGAUGAUAGUUCACAGGAGGAUGUUCUAUCCAGUGAGGUCUCACCUGGUCACCAUGGCUCCAUAAAAUCAAGAGAAAGUACAAACCAGUCUGCUUCAGUCUUAUCACUUCUCCAGUCUGUAUCAGAGCGUUUAAAGAUGAAUUUCGAUGAAGAGAGCAGACAGGUAGCUGAAGAAGAAGAGGAAGAAACGUUGCCUAAAGGUCUCAGAGCUCAAAGGAGGGAGCAUGUUACCUUCCAUGUGCCAGAUUCCUCCAUCACAUUUUACCCAGAUGAUGCUGAUGAUGACCAGCGAUGCACUGAAAUUUCUAAGAAUUCAUAUGCAAUGUCAAAUGAAACUACCUCUAAUCUGCAAAUUAGUCUGUGGCCAGAAAAGCCUUCAUUACUACAAAAAUCUGACCUUACUUCUAAAUUGCAUUCUUCUCUAAAGAGUGUUUAUCGUCAGUAUUUGCAGACUUCUCAGACUUAUUCCUUAGAAAAAGGAGCCAAAUUUGGUGGGACUUUUCAAGAACCAGUCUCAAAAUACUUCCAUGUUCAAGACAAUCCAGACAGAUUGAGCCAUUAUAUAGAGAAUGUUGACAAACAAACUCUGAGGUGUAACCCACGACCUGGGAAGAUGGUUAUCUAUGAUCUCCAUGGAAGUAAACAUAAACAAGAGAUCUAUCGCAGUGUUCCUGAUGCUACAGCAUGGGCUUUUCCAAAUGGAGUACUGAUAAGAGUUGUACGGGGCUGCUGGAUUUUAUAUGAGAAACCACAUUUUCAAGGCCAGAAAUGUGUGUUAGAAGAAGGAGAAAAGGUGUUAAAUCGUGACUGGAUUGUUCAUAAUAGAAAGCACCCACAUAGCAACUUUGCAUUGGGUUCUAUUAAACGAGUCCUAAAGAAUUGCAGCCUUCCAGAGAUAGAGCUUUACCCACAGUCUGACCCAGCAUAUUGUUCUGUAUACAUACAGAGAGCAGUUCCUGACUUGGAAGACCUGAACGUUUCUAAAUCUGUGUCCUUCACGGUGAAAUCAGGAGUUUGGCUUGCCUACCCAGAUAUUAAUUUUAAGGGUCAAGCUACAGUUUUAGAGGAAGACCAUGGGCUCUUUGAGAUUUCUGCAGCAGAAAUGAAGUCAUUGCAACCACUUCAAAUGGGUGGACUAAAAGUGGAAAUGCCUAUGAAUUUAAAGGUUAUUAUUUAUGAAAAGCCUCACUUCCAUGGACAGGCCAAAGAGUUUAGUGAACAUAUAGAUUCUGUACCAAAAUUUUUAAAAAACAGUGGGGACUUUUGUGGAAUUGGAUCAAUUCGUGUCAUCGGUGGAGUGUGGGUUGCCUAUGAAAAAGAACACUUUAAAGGCCAGCAGUUCCUGCUUGAAGAAGGAGACUUUGAAGAUAGCAGUGACUGUGGGGCAUUAAGUGGCCCCAUCUUGUCUUUUCGGUACUUACAAGGUAAUUUUAUAGAAUCUUCUGUCACCCUGUUUGAAUCUGACCUAGAAAGUGGAAAGUUUAUUGACAUUUCAAAUCAAGACGUUUCAGACUUAGAAGAAAUUGGCUUUGGUAGUGAAACAAGAUCCAUUCAUGUUAAAAAUGGAGUAUGGGUUGCCUACCAGCAGAAGUUCUUCUGUGGAGAACAGUACAUUUUAGAGAAAGGGAAAUACAAGUGUUUCUUUGACUGGGGAGGAUCAAAUAAUAUAAUCAUGUCAAUUCGACCUGUUCAGCUGGAACCACUUGGAAUAAAUGAGCCUCCACAUUUGCUCAAAGCAUUCAGUAAACCAGGGUUCCAAGGUGAAUGCAUAGAUUAUACAAAAGAAAUUUGUGAUCUGACUUCACUCAUACCAUGUUCUUUUAAAGUUCUUCGGGGUUGCUGGCUCCUCUGUUACCAAGAGGACAUCUUCUGUAAUCAGUGUGUGUUAGAAGAAGGCCUUUAUGCUGAUCUUACUUCCUGUGGCUGCCCAACGUCUAGAGUUUUAUCCCUUAAGCCUAUUGACUAUGUUUUUGAAGAGCCUUCUAUCAGCCUCUUUGCUCUGGAACAUUGUGAGGGAAGAGAGUUACAUCUUGAGGAAGCUGUAAACUCUGUUUUGAACAAGGACCUGCAUUUUUAUACCCAGUCGGUGUGGGUGAAAAGUGGACUAUGGAUAGCUUAUGAAGGAUCUAAUUUCUUGGGAAGACAAAUCCUACUUGAGCCUAAUGAGAUCCCAAAUUGGACAGUGUUCAGUGGCUGGAAAACAAUUGGCUCUCUUCGUCCCAUGAAGCAGCCUGCAGUGUACAUCAGAAUAAAGAACCGAGCCCAGGAUGAGUAUCUGACAGUCACUGGAAAUCUAGCUGACACAAGGGCAACGUCUGUAUGCGUCUCUCCCUACAGUGGAAAGAAUACUCAGAUAUGGCACUACUGUCGAGGACUCUUUAAAUCCAAGGCCAGCAAUACGUGUCUUGAUGUGAUUGGUGGUCGGGACACACCUGGUGCUAAGGUGGCCCUAUGGACUGAACAUGGACAGUUUAGGCAGAAGUGGAGACUGAAUAAAAAUGGAACUAUCAGCUCUUAUCUCAGUGAUCAGCUUGUCCUUGAUGUUAAAGGAGGAAAUUAUUAUGACAAAACUCACGUCAUUGUAAAUCAGCCCAUGGAAGGAGAAGAAACACAGAAAUGGGACAUUGAAAUACUGUGAGAGAGUCAACAUUCUUAUAAGGAUCAAAAGAAUCUGAGCCUCCUUCCUUGUCUUAUGCAUUUGGAAAAGCAGCCACUGUGUCCUCACCUGCUGGAACUCUAAGCAGAAUGAAUUUUUUCCCCCAUUCUCCAAUACUGCUGGUCUUCAACCACUAAAAAGUUCAAAAUGACUCUUGCCAAUUAAGAGUUCCUAUGAAGAAAAUGUUAUGAUUUCAAAAAAACAAAAAGCUUUUAUUCAGAUGGAUCCCAGUAAUUGUGAGCAAGUUUCCUGAGUUUUGUAUUUUCACUCCUAUUCAGCAAACAUGAAUUCUGUAUCUGAUGACUCAUUACAGGACACUGGUGACACUGUCAGCUGUAUUAGAUAUUUUCAUAGUGGUUAGUUACUGCUGUGGGUGCACAGGGAAACAAACUCCUACAGAUCAUUAUUCUUUUGUAUAGAUGAAUAAUUUUAACAUCUGAAAACAUUUAAUAAGCUUUACUGUUAAGCUGCUGUUGUAUUAAGCCUUCAAGUUUCUAUAAUGAAGCUUUAAAAACUGAAGCACUCCAUAAGUAUUUAAACAGUACUUUUUACCUGACCCAAAGAGGGAGUAUUCUUACUCAAAAAAAGAAAGAUACAACCUUAUAGUGCCAAUCUCUAGAGUUACAAUCUAAUGUUAAAGAUAGCUCUCUAGGCAGCAAGACCCUUAAUAGCCAUUCCUACCUUGGUGCUAAGACCUUGCUCUAGAUUUUGCUUGAUUUGCCCUUAAGGCAAAGUGUUUAGAAAGACCAUGUUAUAUAAGGGUAGUCAAAAGUUUUUUGUCUGUCAGAAGUAAAAGGAAAUUCUAAAUGUUGACUUUACCAUCUUACUCUUUAAGGUGCAAUGAUUUCACUACUUAAUGACACAAAAUUCAGUUUGCACUCUCAUUUUAAACAAAAUCUGGUAGGAAAUCAUCUUUGACUUAGUAAUCUAAAUGCCACCUUUAAUAGCACAAGUCCCAAGUGUUUUUCCCUAGAGUUGUAUUAGACUUACCUUGAGACAGUUGUUCCCUAUUUUUGCCAGAAGGCAGAAAAAUAUUCUAUUUUUAUAUAGAAAAAUGAAAUUAUCUAGUGAUAUUUUUAAAAAUAUCAAACUUUAUGCACUUUAGAAUGUAAAAUAACAGUGAAUAGUUUAAACUCAAUGAGCCCACUAGUUUGAGUAUUUUUAUAGGGCUUGAUCUUCGCAUGUAAAUACUGGUAGUCUCCUUCCUCAUCCUUUUGAUCUCAGGCUUUCACCUAUAAGUAGCAUCUGAAACUCCUUUUACAUCCACAGAUGCUGAAUACCUCUCUCAGGAGAGUAUUUAAUACUCUGGUGGUAUUAAAUCAAAGUUAUGUUACAUGGAAAACUAUUUUAUCGGGGGGCUUGCAUAUACAAAAAAAGUAUGUAUUUUUCACUGUGAAAAACCAAUUUUAAAAAAAUUGUUGAAGGGGCUGGGGAGAUAGCUCAGUAG